AAAUAUGUCAUUCCCAGUGUAAGGCAACAAAACGAACGGCGAAGGAUAAAAAGGCAAGGCGACGGAGAGGCCAAGAGGAGGAGAAGCCACCACAUUGCCUUGGGUUUCUACGCCUCUUAUACUUCUUCAUCCUUGUACGUCUUUGCUCUCCUGGAAACUCUCGUCGUUUUCCAAUUUGAUCUGUCGUAAUGUCGGCGGUCUCGUGCUCCACGGCUAGCUCUAGCGGUGGAUGUGGAUUGAGGUCUCAACUAAAGACAUGUGCUUUACCAGCAUUCGCCUCUCUUAAUUUCGGCAGAACUGGGCCACACUCUCAGAGUGACAGAUUAAGUACUCAUCGGUUGGAAUUGGUACAUGGCAACCGUAAGUCAAGAGGAACAACUAUCUGUAUGACAUUAGUCGACGAAAGACAAUCCACGGGCCAAAAUGUUGUCGACCCUCCUCGGAUCCUGGCGUACGAUCUUGUUCAGGGGGCUCUUGUGAAGUGGACAUGGAAGGAGGACAAGUCUGUUCCAGAUACACCUACUGCUGUUCUUCUACAUGGAAUUUUAGGCAGCGGCAAAAACUGGGGCACUUUUGCUCGAAGAUUGGCUCAUGAGUUCCCAACUUGGCAGUUUCUCCUGGUAGACUUGCGUUGCCAUGGGGAUUCAGCGUCUCUCAAGAAGAGAGGUCCAAACUCUGUUGCUACAACUGCUUCUGAUGUUCUAAAACUUGUUGGUCAGUUGAGGUUAACACCUCGGGUCCUUGUUGGUCACAGCUUUGGAGGGAAAGUUGUUUUAAGCAUGGUGGAACAAGCAGCUAAGCCUCUUCCUCGACCAGUCCGAGCUUGGGUGUUGGAUGCCACUCCUGGAAAGGUUCGUGCAGGAGGAGAUGGAGAGGAUCAUCCACGAGAGCUUAUAUCAUUUCUACGUACAUUGCCUAAAGUGGUCUCAUCAAAGCGAGAAAUUUUAAACGCUCUUAUCAAAGAAGGGUUUUCGAAUGAUGUAUCACAGUGGGUUGUUACCAAUCUGAGACCUACUGGACCAUUGUGCUCUAGCUUCUCGUGGACAUUUGACUUGGACGGGAUCUCCCAACUUUAUCAGUCCUACGAAGAAACAAAUCUUUGGAACUUUGUUGAGAACCUGCCAAGAGGAGUACAUGUGAAUUUUCUUAAAGCGGAAAGAAGCUUGCACCGUUGGGCCCUAGAAGACCUUCAACGAAUCCACGCCGCUGAAGAGCUCGCCUCUGAAGAAGGUGGCGGCGUAGAAAUGCAUGUCCUGGAAGAUGCCGGUCACUGGGUUCACACGGACAACCCGGAUGGCCUCUUCAGGAUCUUGUCAUCUUCAUUCCAGGUUCUCAGAGCCUAGAGGUGCAAACGCUCUAAGUUCUGCCUUUUCGACCGAUGUGCUGUACCAUCUUCUUUGCUUUACGGAUGCUUUGAAGCACACCUCUUCCUUCCCUUUAGUAAUCUACAGAAUAUUCAUCUGUGCUAGCACACUCCUAGCGAAGCAACUUUUGAGCCAACUGUUGCCGAUGUCAGAGCUGCUGGCGCACGUGUAAACGAGGUGCUCUACCAUUUCCUGUUUGAUAUAUACUUGUGAAGAAGUUAAGUCUUAAUCACGUCUGACAUAUACAAUAGUAUACUCAUCAGCAUUGUGUCCUUGUAAUGUUUUGGGUGUCGUAAGUAACAAUUAAAAAUAUGUAGCUGUAUCAUCCGGCAUUAUUCUUGAUUCUAUGUCAUUUACAUUGUUUUUUUCACUUAA